UGCGGCAGGCUGCUGCUAACUCUGUUCAUUCUUUUGUAGCAGUCUGACAGUGACAACUUUCCCUACCAGAUUUUUUUAAAUUACGCCGGCUCUUGGUAAGAUAAGAUUCAAAAAAUGAGACCGUUGAUUUUGCAAGGGCACACUCGUGCCAUUACGCAAAUCAAGUACAACCGAGAGGGUGAUCUUAUCUUCUCGUCGUCCAAGGAUGCAAAUCCCUGCGUGUGGUACUCUUCCAAUGGGGAACGAGUUGGUACGUUCGAUGGUCAUAAUGGAGCCGUUUGGUGCAUCGAUAUCGACUGGAAGACGGAUAAGUUCCUCUCCGGCGGUGGUGACAUGACGAUUCGACUCUGGGACUGCGAGACGGGCAAAAUGUUGAACAAGGUUGACCGAGAUUCUCCUGUGCGAACGGCAUUGUUCAGUUACAGCGGAAAUAUGGCCGUGUACACGACUGAUGCAGCGAUGAGCAAACCGUGUGAAAUCUUUUUUGCAGACGUGAGAGAUCCAACCAUGCUGGGAGAGUCGAUGACCAAAUCGACAGUAGAAGGGUCAAAGGUGACAUCGAUUUUGUGGGGCCCACUGGACGAUACCGUUGUCACUGGACAUGAGAGUGGCAAGUUAACGCAAUGGGAUCUUAGGACAAAUAAAAUUGUGACAACGGCAGAAGACCAUCAUGGCAAUAUAAAUGAUAUGCAGCCCAGCAAGGAUGGAACCAUGUUUAUUACGGCAUCAAAGGACAACACCUCCAAACUUUUUGAUAUCGAUACCUUGGAACUACUGAAAACGUAUAAAACUGAUCGCCCCGUAAAUAGUGCUGCUAUUGCACCCAACUAUGAACAUAUUCUGCUUGGCGGAGGUCAAGAAGCGAUGGACGUUACUACGACCGGAGCUAAAGAAGGAAAAUUCGAAGCACGAUUCUACCAUUUGGUAUUUGAGGAGGAAUUUGCCCGUGUCAAGGGUCAUUUUGGCCCCAUCAACAGUUUGACCUUUCACCCAAGAGGAACUCAAUAUACAUCAGGAGCUGAAGAUGGUUUUCUUCGAGUGCAUAACUUUGAUAAGUCGUACUAUGAUUAUAAAUCGGACUUUUUCCUUUAGGCGAUACUGUUAUAUAAGAUUUUUUGUUGUGCCUGUGUGUGUACACGUAACUUGUCCACCCUGACCUCCCACGCACACACACACACACAUCUUCGUGUUAUAAGUAAUAUUUUUAUUAUUUAGUUAAAACAUUUUACAAUGUCUCAUUUUUGCAAAAGGAUAAAAUUAAAAAAUCUAGAAACGUACAAAUAAAUUCUUACUACUCUUGUUCGA